UAUUAAUUUCUUUAUAUUAUGUGGACAGGACACAUAUAUAUAAAACCCCUAAGAAGAAGGGUCUUUGCUUAACAUUCCAAUUCCAAACACAGUAAACCAAAAAAAAAAAACCAGUAUUAAUUUUCAGGAUGGCUGAGAUAGAGAAGCUAAACUCAGUGCCAACGAUGAUCACCUUUCUGUCUUCUCUCCUUCAACGAGUAGCAGAAUCGAACGAUAUCCAACGGAAAUUGGAACCCCAGAAAGUGUCGGUAUUCCAUGGUCUUACUCAACCUACAAUCUCAAUUCAAACUUACUUAGAAAGGAUUUUCAAGUAUGCAAAUUGUAGCCCAUCUUGCUUUGUUGUUGCUUAUGUUUACCUUGAUCGUUUCACUCAAAGACAACCAUUGUUGCCUAUUAAUUCUUACAAUGUUCAUCGUUUGUUGAUUACUAGUGUCAUGAUUUCUGCCAAAUUCAUGGAUGACAUGUAUUACAACAAUGCAUAUUAUGCAAAAAUUGGAGGUAUAAACAUCACAGAAAUGAACUUCCUAGAGGUGGAUUUCUUGUUUGGGUUGGGAUUUCAUUUAAAUGUGACACCCAACACAUUUCAUACCUAUUGUUCUUACCUUCAAAGAGAAAUGUUGCUACUCCAACCCCCUCUUAAUGUCGUCAUUUCCGACUCUAAUCCGUCGUUAAUCAUGGGAAAAUCGUCUAUGAUAAUCCACUCGUGUUUCAACGACGAUGAGUCUACGUCUCAUCAACAGCAGCAACAACAACAACAACAACAACAACAACAAUUAGCCGUUUAGCUAAUCCGGCUAUAAUUAUUAGAAUUUAAAUUGUACUUAGCUUGUAGAUCGAGAUAAUCUUAAUCUCCUUAUUUUUUUUUCUUCUUCUUAAUUUACAAUGGUUGAUGAAAAUGCAUGAGCAACAUGGGAAUUUUGCAACA